AUGCGAAUAAUAAUUAUCCCUGGGAAAAAUCAAAAUGAUGAACACCAUCACCAAUCCAAUCACAAUCAACCUCAACAACAUCAUCAUCGAAAUUGUGGUGGUUAUCGACGUCAUGAUGAUGAUGAUGAUGACCAUCAUUAUCCUGAUGCUACUGGACUGCUACUGCUUCUGUCGAACAAAAAUAUUUACCGUUUUCGUGCCGAUGAUUUACUACAAGAUUCACGUGAGGACUGUUAUCUAUCGACGCUGCACAUCCAUCAUGCCACCGAACAUGAUGCACGUCCUUAUUAUCUGGUUGUGGAAAAUGAACGUGGCACCGAUCGUCAUGCCAUACAAUUGAAUGUGGAGGAACCACUGGAAAUGAGUUAUUUAUUGGGCAUUGCUGGCGGUUGUUUGGCUGCCCUACUACUGCUGAUCUGUCUCUGCAUCUAUGCGAUACGCAUUAAAAAAUGCUGCUUUAAGG